AUGACGUCGACACUUCCAUUAACAACAUCCUCCUAUACUUCGCCCCCUCUCGUAAAUGCCAUGUCUACAAUCCACCCCUUGCCAUCGCCGCCUGCGAACGAUGCAGAAUUACCUAAACCGCAUGGCGAUGCUGCCAGUUCAAUCCUAGCAUCUCGGAGGCAGAAUGUAUCCUUACCAGCCUUCACCUUUCCCUCACCAACUCAGCGCACCUUUGGUUAUGGGUUGCAGAGCCCCGCCCCUAGCUUAUUGACACCGCCUUCAGGUAACGAUCACAUUGGCUCCGUAGACGGGAACAAUACAGUAAACCACAGUUUCUGGGCAAAUACUGCACCAUCCCAUGCAACCGCUUCUACAAAUUUCCCAUACGGUUCAGGAUCGUCAUCACAAUCUACAUAUACAACAGCGCCCUCAACUGCCUAUGCCAAUCGAGGGAUUGUUUCGCCUAUAAGCUCAAGCAACCGGGCCCAACCUUUAAGUCCUCACCACCAAGAUACAGUUCCAUCUUCGGCGGGUCAGCACCCUGGAUUCGAUAGCCACUCUUAUAACCCUACCCUUGCCGUUCCAAAUCCCCAAAGUCAUUCAUAUUCGCCAGGCUAUCCUUAUCCUACGCAGGCUCCUUUAACACCCGUGCCUCAAAAUGCAAUCGCUUCACCACACGAUGCCUACUCCUCCCCUCCCUCUUCGCUCCCACCACCUACUCCGUCAUCAGGGUAUUAUGCACAGCAUAGCCCGACAUAUCCAUAUCAUGGCCAUCCAAUUCCAGUUGGGCCUACCUCACCACCUGUAAACCGCCCAACUGCAUCUACACCCUUAUCUCAUCUUCACCCUCUUCAUGCAUCAAGCCCUCUAGCGCAUAACAGCUACCAACCUGCCCACCCUCGGUAUCUUACUGCAGGAAUGACAAAUAUGUAUGCCCAACACGGAGCAUCCAUCAUUGGGGGUCUAACCCCACAUCUCGCCGGGUCGGCUCUUCAGCAUUCACAUAUGCAUCCAUCGCAACAUGCUCCAGUACCUCAUCAAGAACGCCCAUUUCGAUGUGACCAAUGCCCUCAAAGCUUUAAUCGCAAUCAUGAUUUGAAGAGACAUAAGCGAAUCCAUCUCGCCGUCAAGCCUUUCCCAUGCCCAAAUUGCGAUAAAAGCUUCAGCCGAAAAGAUGCACUGAAGCGUCAUGUUCUCGUGAAGGGGUGCGGUAACGCAAGCGCUAGCUCUAAACCGGCCAGUACUGGAUCUUGA